AUGGACAAGCUUAUGAACGUCGCCCAGCAGUACCUUAACAAGGACGACGACGACAAGCCCAAGCAGCACCAGAGCAGCUACGAGUCUCAUGGCGGCAACUACCCCGCGGGCGGCGGAGCCUUUGCCGACGACGACGACGACGAUGAUUACCGCCAUGUCGCCAACGAGGCGUCGCGCCACGCGGGUUCGCACGGUGACACAGACUUGUUCUCGAGCGUGCUAGGGGCUUUGACGCAGAAGAAGACGCAACUGAGGAACGAGAAUAUUGACGAGGAUGACGCCGUGAAGAAGCACAAGAAGUACUUUGGUGACGAUGAUGACGAUGAAAAGGCCGAUGACAAGGGCCUCGGCGCCGCGGCCGCGAUGCAGGCGCUCAAGAUGUUCUCCAGCGGCGAGACGGGCGGUCAGAAGCAGAGCCAGGGCGGGUUCGCGGGUCUCGCCAUGGCCGAGGCCAGUCGGCUCUUCGACCAGCGCCAGUCGCAGGGUAAGGUCGCCGACGGCACGAGCAAGGAGUCGGCCAUCCAGCAGGCGGGCGAGAUGGCGCUCAAGAUGUACUUCAAGAGCCAAGGCCAGCAGCAGAGCGGACUUAUGGGAAUGGCGUCCAAGUUCCUCAAGUAG